AUGUCUUGCUGCUGCUGCUCUUGCGUUGAUACCGGCUCGGUGGGUGUCAUUCAGAAGUUCGGUGAGUACCAGGGGGUCCAAGAGCCGGGAUGCAGUUGCAUUUGCUGGCCCAUCACCACCGUGGACCCCGUCUCUUUGGCUGUGAGGCAGCAGGAGUGCAGAUCAGAUUGCAAGACCAAAGACAACGUCACAGUCACCGUUGUCACAGCCUGUCAAUAUCGAGUUCAGAAGGACAUGAUCAAGGUGGCACAUUUUGACAUCGCUGAUCCCUUCAGUCAAAUUGCCGCAGAAGUGGAUAGCGUGCUUCGUUCCAGCAUGCCCACCAUGACGUUGGACGAAAGCUAUGAGGCCAAAGAAAAGAUGGUGAACGAGAUCUUGGCCUCGGUGAGGGAUGCCAUGGGAAAGUACGGCUACGACAUCAUCAACGUUUUGAUCACCGACAUCCGCCCCGAACGCUCCGUGAUGGACGCCAUGAAUGAGAUUAAUGCCUCCAGGCGACAGCGCGAGGCGGCCUUCGAGCGCGGCGAGGCGGAGAAGCUGCUGAAGAUCAAGGCCUCCGAGGCGGACGCCGAGGCCAAGCGCCUGGCGGGCGUGGGCAUGGCCAAUAUGCGCGCGGCCAUGGCGCAGGGCUUCCAGGACUCGAUGAAGUUCAUGAAGGACAGCGGUAUGUCAGAGAAGGAGGCGAUGCAUAUGAUGAUCAUGACGCAAUACUUGGAUACUUUGAAGGAGUUCGCCGGUUCGCACGGCUCCAUCGUGGUGCCGCACGGCCCGUCGGCCGUGGGCGAUUUGCAGGGCCAGAUCCGUGACGGCUUCCUGCAGGCGGCGUCCCAGCAGAAAAUGUCUGGUGGCAUCUUUGGUUGA